AUGCGAAAGCAGGAUCUAUUAUCCUUGAAAACGAGUUCCGGCAUCAGCCUAGUAUUCAAUAUAACGUGUUCCCUCAAAGCUUGCUAUAUCCUCCAAAUAAUCCUUUCUAAGCGUAACUUUAUCUUUAUCUUAUAUUGCAACAACGUGACAGAUAAGGAACGAUAAUAUUUUACCAAAGGGUCGCGAUUUCUUAUCUUUGGUAUAAAUAUAGUGUUACCCAUGCCUAACUAUAACAAAUAUAACAUACAUUGAAAACAAUCGCGAAUCACUCAGGUUUUAAUAUAUCCUAUAGAGUUAAAUGAAGUUACCGUACAAUAUCAUUGUUAGUCAUUCUUUGCACGUGUUUCUCGAGAAAGAAUGAGAGAGCUCGACGAAAGCGAAAGAAAGAAUUAAUCAUAGUGUCUUGCUAAGCGAAUGUUGGCACCACUCGGGCCCAACAGCCGCCAAACCGGUCGAGUGGAAUCGUCGUAACUCCUUAACGUUCGGAGACGCUUUCGGGUACAAGCUGAGAUAGGUAAACAAAAGAUGCCACGGAACAGCGUCGUCCACGUUCAAGUCUACAGAGGGUGAGCCUCUUCCAGCGAUAUUACGCGAGUGAAUUAAUUCGCGAAUUAAUUGAUCUCAUCUGUGGCUCUUGCGAUCGCUGGAGAAUCGACAAGAAAAAAUGUCACUCAGGUUAUUUGUGAUAUGAUACAUAUAUAUAAUAUUCAAACUAGUCCAUAACGCGUUUUUCUGAGAUUAAUCGAUACAGUGUCGGCAAUCGAUGGCAACGAUAAUCAAAAUGGAACACAUUCAAGAUGACAUCGAUCUGCAGGUCGAUCGAAAUCGAUCGAAAAACGCGGCAAAUUUAAUUGAAUGGAACGUUGACAUGAAAGUUACCGUGUCUAACGUGAAAAAGUCAAAGAUGUUCCAAAGAUUCCGCACCAUCGUUAUAUUUUUUGUAGCGAUUAUCUUCGCUAUUAUACUGUCUCAUUUAAGGAAGGAAGUGCGUGCCUUGCAAAUACAAGUGCAAUCUUUAAAUGUAAAUUUAUUGUUACUAACGUCCAAAUACGAUAGGAUAAAUCGAAGUGUAAAUCGAGCCUGGAUCCAAAGGUCCGAAAGGCUCUUCGAAAAUAAAAAGCUUCACGAUCUAAGAAUACUAUUACAAGGAGCAUCGUCGAUAUCUAAGGCUAGCGAAAUUAGUGAAGUUCGAAAUAGUAGAGUCGAUGGAAAUCCUUAUACUUAUAAUGUUAUAAUUCCAUAUAUAAAAUCAAUGAAGAAUUCCAAAGACAACUAUACGUCACGUGAUAACGCGUAUAGUACAAAUAAUGGAAAUAAUAUUGCAACUUCCAAGCUAUUUAUGAAGUUAAAGAGUAACGAAGAUAACAUGAGUAAUAGUAAUUUACGUAUCGAAAGAGCGGCACUAAUGUUACAAGAACGGAACUUAACCGAAGAAGAAAUACGUGAAAAGAUCGAUAAUAAUGUGAAUGACGAUUACUAUAGUGAUGAUGAUGACUUAGAUUUCUGGAGAGAACCCCGUUCAGGAAGAUCAAGAAGAGCGGAGGGAAGAGGUAAAAAACGGGGAAAGAACAAAAGGCGGCCCAAACGCAGUCACAGGCGAUUGGGACCCUUGGUAGCAACGUUUGUGGGAGCAGUUCCUGAGCAACAUAUUACAGACACAGUUUACAUCGGUCCAUGGGUUAAAAGUACUAAAAACAAUACUCAAUAUAAUUUAAAUAAAUUCCAUCUGGUAGAAGACAAAAAAUCUAUAGAAGUUACAGCAACUGGUUUGUACAUGAUUUCCGCACAGAUUUUCUAUUUUGGAGAACCAACAAACUAUUCGUAUUGGAUACUACUAAGUUCAGAAGGCAAAUCCACUACACAAAAGCUUGUGAAAUGUUCCACAGCCUCUUCUACAUCGGCUACAGAAGUAUCCUGUUAUACAAGUGUAAUAACUCCAUUACAAAGAGGCGACAGAGUUCACAUUCAGCAACAGGAGAGAGAUAGAUUAAUAAAUAUGCGGGAGGGACAUAGUUAUAUACAACUAGUACUUUUAUCUAAUAAUGUCUGUAAGAAACGUUUACGAUAACGAAGCGUGUAAUAACUAAAAGAUGUGCCAUAAAUAACGCAAAAGAAAUCAGUUCUUUUAAAUGUGAUCCUACAUUUCGUUUUAAAGAGAAGUAAGAAAGUAAUACUCUAAAGUAAAUCAAACAAAGGUCAAGUUUACGAGUUGUUUCUUGUGCAACUGAUUCUUUCAUUUUAAGGAUACAUGUAAAAAAUUUGUUUUAUGUUAUUCUUAUUUUUGUUACUUUUUUAAUAUAAUGUAAGUUUAAAUUUUAUACGAUAUUGAAUGUUAGAAAUACAUAAUGCAUAAGGACCAUACAGAAAAAUAAUGUUGGGAUUUAUUCUUUAUAAAAUAGUUAUAUAGCUCAAGUUAGUUUACAUAUGUAUGUACGCUGAUAUUAUACUUUUAUACACUCGUUUUACUUUUUAAGAAAUCGAAGAUAUGAUGUUACGUUUUAAGAGUCACAUCGUGUAACUACAAUUUUAUACCGGAAAAUCGCCUUAUUGUUAAAAAAAUAUCGUAAAGUUAGUAUGUAAUAUUGUUAAAUAAUUAUUUUGAAAGAUUACAAAAAUAAAGAAUCCAAUUAUUAUUUAUAA